AUGCAGUACCUCCGAAGGCAAUAGUUGGAGAGAAAUUCUUUUUUGAUUUCUUUAAGAACCUGUGGGAGGGAAGAAGCUUGUCUCAUUCCUUAACUGCAGAUCAACAAGCAUUCUUUCUGGCAUUGAAAGAGUGUUUUCUUUGGGCCUUAAGAAAUGCUUCAAGGUAUUGUGAUACAUUAGAUGCUAUUCAGCAUCUGCAGUAUGCUCUUACGACGAGGUCCUGUUGAAGCUUAUGUGGUGUGAGUACUCACAGUUUGUUAGCCCAAAAGACAAGAGCGCAAUGGUUCCUGGGGCUUCCCCUGUUUCAUCAGAGGAUACAAUUCAGACUUCCAAUAUGGAAAGAACAGAAAACCUGAAGAUGAAGUAUCCAGUUGGUUACGAGCAAGAUCUUGGGAAAUGCAUUGUUGAGAUUCUUUCUGGUGUGUAUUCUCUGGAAAACAAUCUGCUUUCAGUGUUCUGUUCUGUCUUUCAGAAUCACUGCAUCGAAAUAUUUCAGCAAAUUGAGAGUUCUGGAAAUGUUGAAGUAGUCAUUAGAUUUGUAUUAUUACUGGAUCAGCAUGUGGUGAAGAAAGGUGAAACAUGGCCUUUGGAUUAUUUGGUGGGGCCAACACUGGCAAAAUCUUUCCCAUUGAUUAAGGAGCUUGACCCACCAGAUGCUUUGAGAUUUAUGGCUGCUGUAGCCUAUGUAUUUGGACCUCACAAGAUAAUUCAAGAGCUUAUGGGCAUUGAAUUGGGAAAAGAGCAGUUUUUACAAGCUUUCAAUGAAAUAUUUAUUCCUUGGUGCUUGAAAGAUUGGAGUGUGUCUACCAGCGCCAAAUUGGAUUUUUUGCUUGCAUUAAUGGACAGUGAAUAUUUUACAGAGCAGUGGAAUAGUAUUAUUACAUAUGCCAUAUAUCCAAAGGAUAGCACUUUGGGACUUCGGAUUCCAAAAUACCUGUCCUGGCAGUGCUCAUGGAGAAGGCAAGGGAGAGACUUAGAAAGGCGAAUACUCUACGAGGUUCCCAACCAGAGGACUGGCAACACGAGUUUCUAGACAUUGCUGCACUAUCUGUUGUUAAUGCCAACCCCCCUUUGGAACUUCUGAUGCCCGAUUUCUACGUGCUCUUAUUGGUGGGGAAACCAAAGAAGAAAGUUCCUUCAUCUCCAGAAAUACAUUAAGUCUGAUAUUCAAGGAAGUACUUAGAAAGCUGCUGACUUUCGUUGCAGAUUCAACUUUUGCAUGGGUCAAGUGUGUGUGCUCUCUGAUUCCUUGUGCAGGAAAAUUGUCAGAAGUUAGAUGGAGAUCUUCUAACCAUGUUCUUGAGGAAGCUAAUUUUGCUCUUGAAGUACUAACUGGUAGUUUCUUCUGCUUGAAGAAGUUAGAUUGUGAAAUUGAGAUGAUUGCUGGUAUACUGGGUGCUAUUUUUGUCAUUGAUUGGGAGUAUAAUAGCAUAAGAACUGUUAUCAGCAGUGAGCUUGAUGUUGAAUGCAUGGAGCAAGUGAAGAUGAGGAUGCCUUUCUGUGAAUCUGUGCAUGCUUUUCGCAGUAAUAUAAGCUGUCAGUUUUUAAAGAGCUUCUGCCUUGAGAUCCGCAAGAACUUGAGGAGCAUUUUGGUUCAUAUGGGAAGGUGGGCUGUACUUAAGGAAGAUAAGUUAGACAUUGACAAAAUAACCUCUCUAUCCUGCCUAUGGUUGCUUGAAGUCAUGGAAUGUCUAUGCGUAGACCAAUUUGAGGAACAAAUGUUGUUAGAUGAGUUUUUGGGCAGAAGUGAUUUCUGGCCAUUGUGGAUAAUGCCAAAUGCCAAUUCUCAAGAAAGAUCAGCUGUAUUGAACACUGAUUGCACUACUAUCGAUGAAUCUGGAAACCAGAAGUUUGUUAUUUUGAUUGACAAGCUUAUAUCCAGAAUUGGAUUUCAUAGAGUUAUUGCUGGUGCUGUUGCUCAUGAUUCUCCAACUGUGUCUGAGGAGCCUACUGUAAAUCUGACAACCUCAGAGGUUUCUUAUUCUCGUGCCUGGCUGGCUGCGGAAAUAUUAUGCACCUGGAAAUGGCCUGGUGGUAGUGCUUUUAGCUCGUUUUUGCCUCUCCUAAGUGCUUAUGUAAUCAGUCAAGAUUAUUCUCCUGCUCAUGGCCUUUUAGAUUCUAUUGUUUCCAUUUUGCUUGAUGGUGCUCUUAUGCAUGGAGAAAGUGGUGAACUGACUCCUGGAAAUGUAUGGCCUGGGUUGUAUCAUGAGGCUGAGAGUAUCAGUGAGCCCUUUCUAAGAGCGCUCAUAGCAUUACUCUCUACUCUUUUUCAAAAAAAUAUAUGGGGAAAGGUCAAAGCUGUGUCAUAUUUUAGGAUGCUUCGAGAGAAACUCUUUAUUGGUGAAACAGUGAACUUAAAUUGUUUGAAUGUUCUUCCUGCAUGUAUGGAAGUUUUUAUAGCACCGCUGAGCAUUGCUUCUGAUGCAUCCCACAAAAGCGACCAGCCUGAUGAUUUCAUAGAAUGUGAGCUACAUGUUACUGUUGUGGACUGGCUCCGGAAAACUGCAUGCUUCCCUCCUCUAAAUACAUGGCAAAGUGGAAAAGAUAUGGAAGGUUGGUUUCAGCUAGUUUUAUCCUGUUAUCCUGUAAGUGCAGCAAAAGGAGUGAAUUGUAUAAAGAAACAAAGGAGUAUUGACUCUCUGGAGAGAGGUGUUCUUUUUGAAUUAUUUCGGAAGCAAAGACAAAAUUUUGGUGCAGCAACUUUGAUUAACAAACUGCCCAUGGUCCAAGUUUUAUUGUCAAAGCUUCUACUGGUUUCAGUUGCUUAUUGUUGGGAGGAUUUCAAUCAUGAUGAUUGGGAGUUUGUCUUGUAUCGCUUAAGAUGGUGGAUCGAAUCCACAGUUGUGAUGAUGGAAGAAGUUGCUGAAAGUGUGAAUGAUGCUAUUACAAGCAGUUCAACUUGUAGUGAUUUGGAAGCUACUUUAAACAAGCUUAUGCUUACAGCUUCAAAUGUAGACCAUUCUGCUAUAAAUAUUGCAAGAAAUGCUCUUGCUGCAUUUUCUUUGUUUUGUGGCCAUCUUGGGAAUGAAAACAAUGAACUGGAAGAUAAUUUAAACCCAUUGACGAAUGACAGAUGGGAGAUCAUGAAAGAUCGAAUUUAUGAGUGUAUUCUUCGUCUGUUUUUUUCUACUGGUGUUGCUGAGUCGAUAGAAGGCUCUUUCUGCAGUGAAUCUUCAUCUUUUAUAGCAGCAUCUAGGCUAGAGGAUUCGCAGUUCUGGGAGCUAGUUGCUUCAUCUGUUGCUGAGUCAUCCUCACACGCAAGAGACAAAGCCGCAAAAUCAGUUGAUAUGUGGGGACUAAGUAAAGGGCCCCUUGAUUCUUUAUAUGCUAUCCUCUUUUCUUCAAAACCCCUUCCUCAUCUGCAGUUUGCUGCCUAUACUCUUCUCUCUAGUGAACCUAUAUCACAUGUGGCUUUUAUAAGUGAAGAAUUUAAAACAUCAUUUGAUGAAGAUACUUCCAGUAAUCAGGGUUCUGUCCUUCCCGAUUUGGCUUCAGAACAGAAUUUCCGUUUGAGGGACGAAAUCAGUUUCAUGUUUGAAAGAUUCCCCCGUGAAGUCCUUGAUAUGGAUUUAUUGGCCUGUAAACGGGUAAAUCUAUUUGUUAUUUGGUCUUUGUUGCUAUCACAUCUAGUGUCUUUGCCGUCGUCAACAUCUGCAAGGGAGAAAAUGGUUCAGUACAUGCAAGAUACUGCUGAUUCAACAAUACUGGAUUGCAUUUUCCAACAUAUUCCAUUGGAAUCCUUGGCUGGGUCCAGCUUGAAAAGGAAAGAACUUCCACCUGCUGUGUCAAGGGCAGCAACAGCUGCUGCACAUGCCAUCACUACUGGUUCAGUAUUGCUUUCUGUGGAAAAUCUUUGGCCUCUUGAAGCAGAGAAAAUGACUUCAUUGGCUGGUGCAAUAUAUGGUCUAAUGCUCUGCAUGCUUCCAGCUUAUGUUCGAGAAUGGUUUAACAGUAUACGUGAUCGCUCUAGGUCAUCUAUGAUUGAAUCCUUCACAAUAAGAUGGUGCAGCCCUCUGCUGAUAAAAAAUGAGCUAAAUCAGAUCAAGAAAGCUGAUUUUGCUGAUGAGAAUUUCUCAGUUAGUGUGAGUAAAUCGCCAAUGAGGUCGUGGCUACCUACACAAAGGAUGAAACAGGCAUGGAUCUAGUCAUUCGACUUCCUGCAUCUUAUCCGCUUCGAUCUGUGGAUGUAGAUUGUACUAGGAGCCUUGGCAUUAGUGACGUGAAGCAGAGAAAGUGGUUAAUGUCAAUGAUGUUAUUUGUUCGCAAUCAGAAUGGUGCCUUAGCCGAAUCAAUACGAAUAUGGAAAAGCAACUUUGACAAGGAAUUUGAAGGUGUGGAGGAGUGUCCCAUCUGUUACAGUGUCAUCCAUACUUCUAACCAUAGCCUUCCACGCCUAGCAUGCAAAACCUGCAAGCAUAAGUUCCACUCAGCCUGCCUCUACAAGUGGUUUUCGACUUCUCACAAGUCUACUUGCCCAUUAUGCCAGUCUCCUUUCUGAUCUCGUUGAGUUCAAGCACAAGACUGGUUACCAUGGAGCCUGCCUUGGAAGGGAUUUGCAACUUCUCAAAGAAGCUUUUUUGUCCAGUUUCUUUGAUCUUGAUGCAUAAGGAAUUGGUUUUUGAUCUUGCACCCGUAGACUAGUUUAUUUGUAACCGAAAAAAAAAAA